AUGUUGAAGGAUUGCAUUGGCUUCGCUAAAGGUUGCCAGGAAUUCCAAGUCCAUUCAGGCAUACAACAUGUCCCUACAAGUGAGUUGAAUUCAAUAGUUAAGCCUUGGCUGUUUAAAGGAUGGGCUUUAGAUCUGAUUGGGGAAAUUCGACCUGCAUCCUCUAAAAGCCAAAAGUAUCUAUUGGUUGAUAUUGAUUACUUUACAAAGUGGAUAGAAGAAAUCUCUUUAGUGAAGGUUGAUCAAGAGGCUAUAAUUGAGUUCAUUAAAAGGAACAUUAUUUACAGACUUGGAGUUCCUGAGACUGCGAAUGGGAAGGACAAAUCCAAUAGCAAAUCCAUUAUUAGCUUGAUCAAGAAACAUGUUGGGAAGAAGCCAAAGAAUUGGCAUCAAACAUUAGACCAAGUCAUAUGGGCUUGUCGUACGUCUCCCAAAGAGGCAAAAACCACAAUGCCAUUUCGACUGACUUAUGGGGAUGAAGUUCAGCGUCAACACGAAAUUCCAUCAGACCAGUAUUGGGGGAUGAUGUUGGAUGAGAUGGUUGAUUUAGACGAAGAGAGGCUUCCAGCAUUGAAUAUGUUGAUAAGACAAAAAGAACGAGUUGUCAAAGCCUAUAAUAAAAAAGUUAUGUCCAAGGCAGUUUCAGGUGGAGAUUACGUUUGGAAAGUUAUUCUGCCUAUGGAUCAGAGAGAUCGAACCCUAGGCAAGUGGUCUUCAAAUUGGGAGGGGCCAUUUCGAAUACUUCAGGUGUUUUCAAACAACGCUUACGAGAUUUAA